AUGAACGGAAAUCCAGGCACAGCAAUCAGUGAAAAUCCGAUGGGCGUUUAUCGCCCACUUCCAGCUCCCAAUCCCCCUCCUUCUCAGGUGGUAGAGAAAAAAGAGGAACUAAAUACGCAAAGGAUGGUUUUUGGUUUGCAGGAAGAACAAAUUACUUACAGUACCGAUGUGAUGAAUUGGACUAGAGAAGGUGGGAAACAGGCGCUCUGGGUGAUGAAUAAGACGUCAAAAAUGAUAGCGUUUAAAAUCAAAUGUUCCAAUAAUAGAGCAUUUUGGAUUAAACCGGUCUUUGGCGUUAUAGAAAGCGGUAAUGGAGCAGAGAUAGAAGUAAAUAGGAUUCCCAACAUUACUCUGAAGAAUGACAAGAUUGUCGUCUGCUGUGCUAAGUAUUCUGUUGAAGAUGGAGCACUGGAGGUCUUCUUUAAGCGACCGACAACUAUCACUGAAGAUAAAGUUAUCCGUCAAAUGGCUAUAGCAGCAACCCAUGAGCAAUUCCCGAUUGAAGCACGACAAAGCGAGAAGCAGUUAACUAUAAUGAAAUGCUGA